UCUCUCUCUCUCUCUCUUUCUCUUUCUCCUUCUCUUUCUCUCUCGCUCUCUCUCUCCACCCCCCUCUCUCUCCGUGCAUCCUCCCCCACAUUAACAGCUUAGCACAGCAGCAGCAGCUCCUACAGCAUCCAGCAUCCAGCAUCCAUCCCUGCCUGCCUGGGGAGCAGCAGUUCUACCCGGCGCAGCACCGACGCACGGAGGGGGCGCAUCAUCUAAGUGAUGCCACAGCACCAGUCGCAUUUCGACAACAAAUACCGAGAGUAGACCCUUAAAGGAGGGAGAGAAAACCGCUUCAGCCUCGAAGACAGCAACUGCCCAUGAAGAUGUCUAACGCUGACAUCGUCUUAAACGCCACCGAUAGGAUGGUGAAAUCUGUCCCCUUCCCCCUGAGCCACCGCCUUACAAUGAAGGAAGUGUUUGACUGCGAAGGGAAACCUCGCGUGGAUCUCCUGAAGGCCCACCUCACCAAGGAGGGCCGCGUCGAGGAAGCCGUGGCACUUAAAAUCAUCAGCGAGGGAGCAGCUAUCCUGCGUCAGGAGAAAACUAUACUGGACAUCGAGGCGCCAGUCACAGUCUGUGGCGACAUCCAUGGGCAAUUCUUUGAUCUUAUGAAGCUGUUUGAAGUGGGAGGAUCCCCAGCCACAACACGGUACCUGUUCCUCGGGGACUACGUGGACCGUGGCUACUUCAGUAUUGAGUGUGUUUUAUACCUCUGGUCGCUGAAAAUCCUCUAUCCAAAGACACUAUUUUUACUUCGUGGAAAUCAUGAAUGUAGACAUUUGACAGAAUAUUUCACCUUCAAACAAGAAUGUAAAAUCAAGUACUCAGAGCAGGUGUACGACUCGUGUAUGGAUGCAUUCGACUGCCUUCCCCUGGCUGCACUCAUGAACCAACAGUUUCUGUGUGUCCAUGGUGGGCUCUCUCCUGAAAUACACACCUUAGAUGACAUUAAAAAGUUGGAUCGGUUUAAGGAGCCGCCGGCCUUUGGGCCCAUGUGUGACCUGCUGUGGUCUGAUCCUCUGGAGGAUUUUGGCAAUGAGAAAACCCAGGAAUAUUUCAGCCACAACACAGUGAGAGGCUGCUCCUACUUCUACAGUUAUCCGGCUGUAUGCGAGUUCCUACAGAGCAAUAACCUAUUAUCGAUCAUUCGAGCACAUGAAGCGCAGGAUGCAGGCUACCGGAUGUACCGUAAGAGUCAGACCACUGGAUUCCCAUCCCUCAUUACCAUCUUCUCAGCACCAAACUACCUGGAUGUUUAUAACAACAAAGCUGCUGUACUGAAAUAUGAAAAUAAUGUCAUGAACAUCAGACAGUUCAACUGCUCACCCCAUCCAUACUGGCUGCCCAACUUCAUGGAUGUCUUCACCUGGUCUCUGCCAUUUGUUGGAGAGAAAGUCACAGAAAUGCUGGUGAAUGUGCUGAGCAUCUGCUCUGAUGAUGAACUCAUGAUGAAUGAGGAAGACGAGAUAUUUGAUGCCAAUGCAGCUGCAGCACGCAAGGAGGUGAUCAAAAACAAGAUCCGUGCCAUUGGGAAAAUGGCCAAAAUGUUCUCAGUUCUCAGAGAGGAGAGUGAAAAUGUGUUGACGCUUAAAGGCCUGACGCCCACUGGCAUGCUGCCGAGCGGGGUUCUCUCUGGAGGCAAGCAGACACUGCAGAGUGCCACCAUUGAAGCCAUUGAAGCCAUCGAGACGACUGAUGAGGACGGAGAAGCCAUCCGUGGGUUCUCCCCCCAGCACAAGAUCGCCAGCUUCGAGGAGGCCAAGGGCUUGGACCGCAUCAACGAGCGCAUGCCACCUCGCAAGGACGGGGUGAACCAUGUGGGUCACUCCAUGGGAAAGAUGAAUAUGUCCGAGGCAAACGGCACGGAUGACAACAGCAACAUCCAGUGAUGUGCUGUCUGAGCCUCAGAACAAUGCUGCUGUUGCGCUGUGCAGCAAGACAUUGCCAAAUCGGGAAUUCAGGCCUCAGAACAUAGAAAUAAACCAGGCCUACAGACAGGACAUGAAAAUCUGCAGCAAAACUAUAACGGGCGCAAAAGGUCAUUUCUUUCAUGACAGUAUGUCAUCGCACAGUUGGGGGAGGGGGGUUCACAGCAGAGGGCAGGGAUAAGGGAGGCCACAAGGCUGCAGCUUGGUUGAAAACGCUCCGGUUGAAAGUUGUUUCUGCCUGUUGUUCCCUUUCUCAGUUCAAUUAAAGACUGACUUGUCGGGGGUUGUGUUGUUCUGAGUACUGACAAACGUCUGCUCCUUCAUUACAGAGCCUGGCAGAAGACAUAAUUGCAGUAUCCAUGCCACACAAAUCAUGUUACUGUAUCAUAAAGUGUUUAUUAUGAAUCACUCACAAAUUCAUGUUUUGCUAGUAUUAACACCACUUUGUGAGAAGGAACGAUAAAAGAAAGGAAUAUAAAUGUGAAAUUCUUUAAAACCUGCAGUGCAAGCUUACCAGUGAAACUAAAUUUAUUGAUUUACCUUGUAGUGAGACACCGUCAUCGUGCAGGGGGAAGAAGACUCACAAAAGCCACUGCUCCUCGUGUACACUUCAAUCAUCUCCAGCACUGCUCCUUUCCUCGCCUCCCGCAUUAUCAGUCAUCUCCUAGCAAGAAGUCACUUGGAGGGGACGAGGGGAAAAGGGAGGGGAUGAAAGGAACAUAUGGAAGAUGUAGUGCCACUUGGAAACACCAAGAGUUAACAUCUGGAAAUGCCCCCAAAAAGGAGCACACUAUCCCAAUUAAGGAUGCAAUUUCAUCAACGUCCAUAGGGGGAAUCUCAAAGGGUUAUAUUUUUAUCCAGACCAUCCUCAAAUAGUUUUCUUCCGCUCCAUUAAAGUAGUUCUCCUGAGAGAAAGCAUGGCAUUUGAUGAAGCUAUACCUCGCACACCUUCUGGAAAGUAUACACUCAAGCAUCCUCCACUGAAGGAGCCUUUUUCUCAUCUCUGCAUUGCUAUGACAACAACAGCUGUUUCUGGACCACAGAGAGGAAAGGAGAAGAAUUGAUUUUGAACUUUGGGGCAAACCCUGCUGUCACACACUACCUGAUUAUUUCUCACCUGCUUGUUGCUAAAGAGAACGUAAAAGAAUAUGUGCAUUCGAAUCAAGUAUACGUUAGCGCCCUUUGAGUUAUUGCACUUUCUGCUGUGCUGCAAAUUCAAUGAGAUUUCAUGCUUAAGAGCUACUAUAUCAGAGUGAGAAGGAAAUUCUACAAAUGUGUGAAUGCAUUUGAUUAAAGAUCAUUUAACAACCCAUGUUAUUUGGGAUAAGCAGUUUUAGAUCCAUCGGAAAAAAUGCAUCUUAAGGAAGAAUAUAUCCUGACCUAGAUUUAGUUUUUGUUCACUGAAAUGUAACUUAGCUUCAUUUAAAGUUGUCAGAGGUACUUCCUUCAUGACCAUUUGGCACAGUGGAGACUUUUGGUUUAUAAUCUACCCACACCCAACUGUGUUAUAUCACUCUUAUUUAAAUGUAUUCUUUCUCAUUUAACUUAAUUGAACUGUGCAGUACAGGGGAGAAUAGUUACACCUCCACUUGGAAUCUAAAUAAAAUAGCUUUUCCCAUGUCCAAAUAACUGAUCCAAGAAGAGAAAAAAAGAAACCCAAAUUAAAACAGGAAACAUUUUGGUUCUUUCAAAAUAAAAGAAUGGGGAAAAUUGUGAAUCCCAAAACUCAAGCGUUGCGACAUCAAUUCCUAGAAUUUCCUUUCAUCCAUUAAUAUAUUUUCUAAUUUAUAUGUCAUCUUUCUAUUUAAUGAUAAAGGUAUGUGAAUUAAGGAUGGACAAAAAGUGAUUUUUAACACAGCAUCUAUGGUACGGAACGCAUCAAUGCAUGCAAUAAAGUUCCUAAUUGUUAUGUGAGAUUAUAAUUGUGAUAGUUGUGUUUCAAAUAGUAAACCUGAAUUCUUUUUAUUUUUUAAUUACAUUUGUAGUUUUAUUUGUCUUGUUUUAUAAAUUUUAUAAAUAGGCUUCCUUUGAUUGUUCAUUUAUUUUCCAUUAUGUUAUUUAUUACCACUGCUUUUAAUUUUUAUAUUGAUUUAUUGUAUGCAGAGAAGCACUUCUAAGGUUUGAAUCCUUGUGUUUAUUUUUAUUUUUUUGGUUGUACUGAUGUACAGAAAAUGUUCAAUAGUGUGAAUGAAUAUAAUCUCAGUGAAAAGCAACUUUCAGGCUGCCAAAGCAUGAUAGCAUGGUUUUCAAAUGUAAAUGAAUCGGACUCAAAGAAAAUCGUGUGUCGCACUUACGUUAAACAGGAAACAUUGUACUCUGGUUAUAUUUACUGCUGAUAUUAUUAUUGUUACAAUUUAGCUUAUGGUUAUUUUCAUUCCUCUGUUUCUGGUUCUUGUAUGGUCUACAUGCAUAUUUCAACAAACAAAUAUAGUGGAUUUUAUCUUGCAACAUUUUUUAUUAUCUAUGGAACUAUGUUUUGGCAUUUGACUUCCUAAAUGAUACACACAUUGUAAGCAUGCCCUAUGGGACAAAUCACA